ACCUUUCCUCGCUCUUUUCUCCUUUCCCCUUUCCCCUUCUUUACCAAAUGCAAAACCCUAAAAAGUUCUGAUUUUUUCCCCGACCCAUUUUCCCUCUCGCCCGACCCGAUCUGGGUCCGAUCGCCAUUUGAAGUUCCUUUCAGCUGGAAAUCCUUGGAUUGACGGAGUAAGGAGAGAUUGAGGUGAGAAUUUAAGAGUGCAGAGAAGAGGAGAGGGGGAGGCGAAAUGUAUAAGAACCAGCUGCAGGAGCUGGCGCAGAGGAGCUGCUUUAAUUUGCCGUCCUAUACAUGCAUUAGGGAAGGUCCGGACCACGCGCCGCGGUUCAAGGCCACGGUCAAUUUCAACGGCGAGACGUUUGAGAGUCCUCACUACUGCUCCACCCUCCGCCAGGCCGAGCACUCCGCCGCCGAAGUCGCCCUCAACUCCCUAUCUAACCGUGGUCCGUCUCACUCCCUCGCCGCCAGAAUCCUCGAUGAAACAGGGGUUUACAAAAACCUUCUACAAGAAAUUGCACAGAGGGUUGGAGCCCCAUUGCCGCAGUACACAACAUUCAGAUCAGGCCUUGGGCACCUACCUGUUUUUACGGGGGUGGUAGAAUUGGCUCGAAUCACUUUCACAGGUGAACCUGCUAAAAAUAAGAAGCAAGCAGAGAAGAAUGCAGCCAUGGCAGCUUGGAAUUCUUUAAAACAAUUGGCAAAAGAAGCCGCAUGUUCUUCUUCUGAGCCGGACAACAGUGAUGAGCUAGAACAGAUCACAAUAGCACGGGCCUUGCAAAAUUACAAAAUAAAGGAGAUGUCCAGGCCAAACUCUUCUAAUGCUCCGAUACCAUUUACAAAGAAGUUCCAGAGUCUAAGACCAACAAGUCCACAACCUCUGCCGUCUACCACAUCAAAAAUCCUCCCUUUAAUCUUCCCGAAGGCAGCUCCUCGCAACAGAUCCCUGUUAACAACAGCAAAUGAUAAGCUCAUGCCACCGGCAGCACAAGCACCUGCAUUGGAUGGCCGUGGCAGUCGUCCUCAGAGAUUCCCUGCAGCAGGAGCAGCUCCUUACGUUCCCAUCAGACAGUUCAGGACACCUUGCCAUAGUAUUGCACCACCUGUGACGAUAAGAACUGCAGUACCUGUUUUCUCAGCACCUCCACACCCACCACCGUCUGCAGUUUCCGCUCAACCAUCUGCAUCUGCACAUCCUGCCCAGCAAGCACAGUCUCUGCUUCCAUCACAGCCACCACCAUCAGCCCUUCCCCCACAGCAGUUACCAUCCACAUUUCAGCCACCACCAUCAGCACUUCCCCCGCAGCAGUCACCACCCACACUUCCACACAAGCUAAUUCAAGGACCAUGUGUCCGAAUUGCUCCACCUGUCACCGUUAGGCAGGUGGUUCCUGUAUUUGCUGCCCCACUUGUUGGAAAGGAAAAUGUUUUGAAUGUUAGAAAAGAAGAUGCUCCAACUUCAACUCCUGCCCCUGCUCCACCUGCUAAAUCACCUGCUCAAGUAGAGGAAGCUGCGACCACAACUGAAAAGAGUCUGGAAGAAUUUGAGACAGUACAGAGCAUAGUACAGCUAAAAAUCUAAUGAUAGUUUUCGAGCAUUUAAUCAAAGGGAACACACGGUUUUGUGUUGUUCUCAAGUUUGUUGUACGCUUGCUGAUCAUCCCAUGAGUCGUUUCAUUUUGUAACUUCUGUUUUCUUUGUUUACUCUUCCUUUUUGUUUCUUUAGAAGCUACAAUUUCUGCAGGUUAAAGUAGCAUUAGUAGUUCCAUAUCAAUGCAAUGAAAGAGCAGCUGUGUCAUAUUAAUGUUCUAGAGUGAUGUUUCAAGGAUGGCUAUAUUUUUUUAAUUUCAUUUUAUUUUUUAUUUUCCCCAUAUCUCCUUGCUUAAAGGUUGGCUUAGGAACAAAAAUUCUAGCUCCAA